AUGAUUCUUGAGAAGCGAUGUGCUAUGACUGAGAUCCCCUCAGAUCGUAUGAACGUGGAUGCGUUCCAAGGAACAGACCCAAGUCGUAAUGACACGAUAACACCUCGUGGCGGGCAUUUCAUCAAUGAGGAUAUCACGCUCUUUGAUGCGCCCUUCUUUUCCAUCACGUCGGCAGAGGCAGCAUCGAUGGAUGUACAGCAACGGCAGCUGUUGGAAUGUGUCUACCGUGCACUCGAGAAUGCCGGCAUGCCCAUAGAGAAUAUGAACGGAUCGAGGACAUCCGUCCACACCGGUUCAUUCUCCGACGACUAUCGACUGAUGACAAUGCGAGACCAUGAGUGCAUGCCAACUCACGCAGCAACUGGAUCUUCAAUCAGCAUCCUCGCCAACCGCAUCAGUUGGUUCUACAACCUGCACGGUCCGAGUCUCCAGAUUGACACGGCAUGUUCAAGCAGUUUGGUGGCCCUGGACAUGGCUUGUCAAGGUCUGAGGACAGGGGGAUCAGACAUGGGUAUCGUCGCGGGCUCUAACGUCCUCUUCAAUAUGGACACCUACUUGAUCCUCUCCAACAUGAACUUCCUCUCCCCAGACAGCCGCUGCUACAGCUUUGACCACCGCGGCAACGGCUACGCCCGCGGCGAGGGCUUCGGUGUCCUCGUGCUCAAGCGCCUGUCCGACGCUGUCCGCGACGGCGACGCCAUCCGCGCCGUGAUCCGCGCUUCGGGCUCCAACUCGGACGGCCGCACUCCGGGUAUCGCGCAGCCGAGCGGCGAUGCCCAGGAGGCGCUCAUCCGCGAGACGUACGCCAAGGCUGGGCUCAGUCUGGACACGACGCGCUUCUUCGAAGCCCAUGGGACGGGAACCGCUGUCGGCGACCCCAUCGAGGCGCGGGCGAUGGGCGCCGUCUUCGGCCGGCACCGCAGCCCGGACGAGCCGCUGUACGUGGGCGCGGUCAAGUCGAAUGUGGGUCAUCUGGAGGGCACCAGUGGCGUGGCGGGAGUGAUCAAGGCGGUUUUGGCGCUGGAAAAGGGCGUCAUACCGCCCAACACGAACUUCGAGCUGCUGAACCCUAGCAUCGAUGCCGCCUCCCUCAACCUGCGCUUCCCGACGGAGGCGGUCCCUUGGCCAUCGCGCGGAUUGCGUCGGGCUUCAGUCAAUUCUUUUGGCUUUGGAGGGUCCAAUGCACACAUUGUGCUAGAUGAUGCACACAACUUCCUAAAGGCGAAGCGGCUAGCAGGGUUUCACAACACGGUGAAAAUCCCUCCCACCCGGGAGCAGAUUGCCCAAGCUUUGUCUGGUCAGCAGAACAGUCGUCUCAACGGAGAAUAUCGCACGCCUCAGGAUGAGGAAGGGUCUGGUCCCGCGCUUCUUGUCUGGUCUGCUGCAGAUGAAGGGGGAGUCAAGCGUCUUGCGGACGCGUACAACAACUAUUCUCACUCGCUGGCUCUGGACGCUGAAAAACGUCGCACAUAUCUGUCUGACCUUGCUUAUACGCUCGCUCGGCGACGAAGCACAUUCCCCUGGCGGUCAUAUGCAGUCAGCAACUCAGCAGCCAGUUUAACACAAGAAGAUGUGUCACUGUCCAGGGCUACACGCUGCUCACGCAACCUCGGCCUUGGAUAUAUCUUCACCGGUCAGGGUGCACAAUUCGCGGGCAUGGGGCGAGAGUUGCUCGCUUAUCCUGUCUUCAGAGCCACGCUACAGCGUGCCCAGCUCUACCUUUAUGAGCUAGGAUGCAAGUGGUCCUUGAUGGAGGAGCUCCUCCUCGACAAAGCGACAUCCAGGGUCAACCGACCAGACAUGAGCCAGCCCCUUUGCACGGCCCUGCAAAUAGCCUUGGUGAUGCUUCUACAAUCAUGGAAUCUUGCACCAAAGGCCGUCGUGGGCCACUCUUCGGGCGAAAUUGUCGCUGCCUAUUGUGUAGGCGGCCUCUCACUGCGCUCAGCAUGCAAGGUCGCUUUUCUCCGCGGCAAGCUUGCGGCCGAGCUGGCCACAAGCUCUCCAAGAGCGUGCACAAUGAUGGCUGUCGGUCUCUCCGAGAUGCAAGCCGCGGAGUACAUUAAGUGCGUCACUCAACAAUUCCCCAACGAGAAAUGUGGCAUCGUCGUGGCCUGCAUCAAUAGUGCGACCAGCGUAACUAUAUCAGGCGAUGCCAACCAGAUCGAGGCGCUGCGAGUGCUCUUGUUGCAAGACUCGAUUUUUGCGCGCCGGCUACAGGUGGACGUUGGAUACCACUCGCCUCAGAUGGAGCAAAUCGCCGCCCAAUACCUGCGUGAAUUGGACCAGCUGGAACUGGGCGUGCCUUUGCCCGGUUGCACGACCAUGAUAUCCUCCGUUACCAACGCCCCGAUCAAGAGCCUUGAGGAGCUGUCUCAUGCCAGCUACUGGGUGAAGAACCUAGUAAGUCCCGUGCGAUUCUCCGAUGCCCUUGCUUCGCUUGUGUCGAUGGGUGCCAAGAGUGCCCGUAAGAAGCUUGGGGGUGUCAAAAGCGCGGCCGCCAAGGACGCCAUCGCUGUAUACGACUUCCUGGAGAUCGGUCCUCACGGUGCCUUGGGAGGCCCGGUCAGAGAGAUUCUUAAGACUUCGCCGCGAGGGAAGGAGGUCAGCUAUGCGUCUUGCCUUACCCGCAAUGUGCCAGCCGUGGGCACAACACUAGCAGCUGCCGGGCGCCUGUGGUGUCUCGGAUACCCGGUCGACGUGGCCGUGGCCAACCACUUCCAGCCUGGGAAACUGAGGCCGCGGAUGCCACUGACUGACCUUCCCGAGUACCCGUUUGACCAUUCCCAAUCCUACUGGCACGAGAGCCGCGUCAGCAAGGAGUAUCGCCUCCGGAAGCAUGCGCGCCGUGACUUGCUGGGAACCCGUAGCGUUGACUGGAACCCUCUUGAGGCGCGAUGGAGGAAGUUCAUCCGCAUCUCCGAGACGCCUUGGGUCGAUGACCAUGUCGUGAAUGGGUCCACCAUCUACCCAGCUGCGGGGAUGUUGGUGAUGGCAAUCGAAGGGGUCCAACAGCUUGUAGAGGAUGCGUCGAGCGCGAUGACACGAUCGAUUAAAGGAUAUCGAGUCACAGAGGCAACCUUCCAGCGUGCCCUUGGCAUCGACUCGACAACGGAUAAAGGAACCGAGACACAGCUGUACAUGCGACCGAUCCAAGAUGCCGCAGCCGGAAAGGAGGCCAGCCGCUUUGAGUUUCGCAUCUGCACCGUCGAAGGGAAUCAGUGGAGCGAGAACUGCCGUGGACAAAUCCUGAUCGAGUACGAAGAAACUGAGCCCAAUGAUGUCGACGGUGGAUUGGGGAUCAGGGCAGCAGAUGAGGCCAUGUGUGCUCUGUUGGACGCAAGAAGCAAGGCCUGUACUCAGACAGCGGACAUACCGGCGGUCUAUGACCACUUUCACAAGAUGGGCCUCAAAUUUGGACCAUCGUUCCAGACCUUGGAUAGAGUCCAUUUCAACAACGAUGGACAGGUCGUAGCCAAUGUCAAGACGUUUGAGUGGGAGGCCACCGACGGCAAGACCAACCCUCGUCAGCCCCAUCUCAUCCACCCCACCACCCUCGAUGCCUUCAUCCAGGUCAUCCUGGCGGGUCUGACCAGAGGCGCAACUCGCAAAAUUCCCACCACGGUCCCUACUCGGGUCACAGAUCUGUGGUUGUCGAACACCGGUUUAUCAUAUCCAGAUGUCACUGGCCUCCGAGCCACGUCUUGCCAGCUUUCACGCGGCGCCCGCCAGACCCAGUCGUCCCUGGCAGCAUUCGGACCAGAUAAUCAAAUUCGUGCUUCGAUAGCAGUGCUUGAGACGACCAACAUAGAUGCUCAGAACAGUGCCGGGGACUCGGAGAAUGAGAGUCGACGAAGACGGCUUUGCUACCAUAUGGACUGGAAGCCGGACUUUGAUUGCCUCUCCUCAUCGCAAGGCCCAGAGUAUUUUGGCGCAGCCAAGGCAGUCAACCCAGUGACGGCCUUGUUCUACCAGGACCUAGCCUGCUUCCUCUAUUCGACCAUCGUCAGGACCCUGCAACAGCUCGACCCAAGCCGCAUCGAUCCCUCGAAGAUACAAUACAUCGAGUGGAUGAAGCUGCAGGUCCAGCGCUUCAACAAGAACCAGCUCCUCCACCAGCAGCCGGACUGGGCGGUCAGGGUCGCGGAUGUCCGCCACCAAGAGGUCAUCUCGCGGCGCCUGGAGAGCUUGAGCACUGAGGGGCGUUUCUACGUCCAGGUGGCGCGCCAGCUUCUCCCAAUCCUCCAGGGGGAGGCCGACGCCCUACAGUUGCUGUUCUCCGGCGAUCUGGUCAAGGAGUACUACCUCGAGAUCAACUCGCGACUGUCCGAUGCCUUCGCCCGCGUUGUCGACCUGCUGGCGCACAAGAAUCCCGGCCUCAAGGCUCUCGAGAUUGGCGCUGGGACGGGCGGCACCACCGCGCAUAUCCUCAAGCCCCUGUUCAAUAUGGACGGCGGCGACGACGAGCACGGCAACAAUGACAACAACGCCAUGCGGAGCCCACGAUGUGCUCGCUAUGACUUCACCGACGUGUCGCUGUCCUUCUUCGAGCAAGCGCAACGCGACUUUGCCGCGUACGCGCCGCGCAUGCGCUAUGCGGUGCUCGACAUCGAGCAGGACCCGGCCGCGCAGGGGUUCGCCGACGAGGCCGGCACGUACGACCUGGUCGUCGCGGCCAACGUGCUACACGCGACGCGCAACCUCGACACCACUCUGCGCCAUGUGCACGCGCUGCUGCGGCCCGGCGGCCGGCUGGUGCUGCUCGAGCAGACGGGCGACUUCGCGCGCGGCGGGUUCGCGUUCGGACUGAUGCCGGGCUGGUGGCUGUCCGAGGACGGGUACCGCUGGUGGGGGCCGACCAUGUCGCCGGAGAAGUGGGAUGGGGUGCUGAUUGCCAAUGGUUUCAGCGGGACGGAUUUGGUGCUUAGUGACUAUGGGGACGAGAAGUGUCAGGAGCUGAGCAUCAUUGUCUCCACGGCACAGAAGGCGGAUCGUAACAAGGCAGCUCGAGCGCCUCACAUCUCGCUGGUGACAACAAGAGAAGCACCCAAGGCGGAGCAAGUGGCUCGGCAGCUUCAACAGUUGAUUGCCGUCCAGUAUGGAGUCACUUGUGACAUAUCAUACUUGGAAGAGGAAAGCAGUCUACCGAGUGGCGCUUUUUGUGUCUUUCUGGUGGAAUUGGAUGCACCUUUGCUUCACAGCAUCGGCGAGCAGACCUUCAAGCGGCUUCAGGCGACGCUACUAUCCGCGCAAGGGCUCGUCUGGGUGACGGGAGGCGGAGGCGACAAGUGGAGUGCCCCGGAGUACCAUGUGGCGGAUGGUCUCCUGCGCGGUCUUCGCACAGAAAACGCCAUGCUGAAAGCAGCCACUUUGGCCAUCGACCCGGACCGACAGACGACAGACAUUGCGGAGGUGGUUCUUCAGGUUCUGGACAAGGUCCUCUCCUGUGCAGUCGACGACUUGGAGGUCGAGUACCGAGAUCAAGAGGGCCUGCUGCUGACAAACCGCGUAGUUGAAGCCGACCACAUGAACGAGCACAUCCACAACACCGUCCAGCCCCUGAGGUCCAGGGUCGAGCCAUUCGGCGAGCCGAGUCUACCGCCGCUGGCCCUUCAGUUUCAGACGCCUGGCUUGCUGGACUCUCUCCGUUUUGUUGAAGACGAGGCCGCUCGGCGACCCCUACGGCCUAACGAGGUCGAGAUCGAAGUUAUGGCCGUGGGCGUCAACUUCAUGGACCUGCUGACAGCGUUAGGGCGCAUUAACCAGGUUGAAAUCGGCGGUGAAUGCGCGGGUAUUGUCUCCCGCGUGGGCGGAAACGCCGCGGUGUCCGGCCUCAAGCCCGGAGACCGCGUGUGCGCCGUCGCCUUUGAUUGUUUCAAGACGUAUGCGCGCGCGGACGAGCGCACGGUCGUCAAGAUCCCAUGCGACCUCUCUUUCACCGAUGCGGCGGCGCUACCUGUCACGUAUACAACAGCCCACUACGCGCUCGUCGUGGCCGGCCGCCUCCGAAAGGGUGACAGGGUCCUCAUCCACGCCGCUGCCGGAGGAACGGGCCAGUCGGCCUUGCAGCUCGCCCAGCAUCUCGGGGCCGAGGUGUUUGCCACGGUGGGCUCCCUCGGCAAGAAGCGGCUGCUGAUGGACCGGUACGGCAUCCCAGAAGACCACAUAUUCUACAGCCGCGACACGUCCUUUGCGCAGGGGAUUAUGCGGAUGACAGGCGACCGUGGCGUCGACGUCGUGCUGAACUCGCUCGCGGGCGACGGGCUCGCGGCGAGUUGGGCGUGCAUGGCAAGCUUCGGCCGUUUCAUCGAGAUCGGCAAGAAGGAUAUCCACGCCCACUCAAGGCUAGAUAUGUUCUACUUUGCCAAGAACGUUUCGUUCACGGCGGUGGACGUCUUCGGCAUGACCAAGGAGCGCCCGGCUCUUGUGAGGGAGUCGCUUUCGGCGGCGAUCGAACUCGUCGCGGCUGGGCUGGCGAAGGCGUCGCACCCGGUGCAGACAUAUUCUGUCUCGGAGAUUGAGACAGCACUGCGGUACAUGCAGAGCGGAAAGAGUGCGGGCAAGCUAGUGAUCGAGAUGAAGAAGGAAGACAAGGUUCUUACUGUGCUGAAGCGCGAUUGCCGCUACUCCUUUGACUGCAACGCAACCUAUGUGAUUGCUGGAGGAUUUGGCGGCAUCGCCCGCCGCACCGCACGCUGGAUGGUAGACCGGGGAGCGCGCCACCUUCUUCUCCUCAGUCGCUCUGGACCCAAAUCAGACGCAGCUAAGGAACUCAUCCAGGACCUCCGCAGCAAAGGAGUCCAGGUACAGCACCCUCGCUGCGACGUGGCAUCUGAGCAGUCAGUGGCCGCUGCACUGGCCGAGUGCGCCAUGCCCCCAGUCAGAGGUUGUAUCCAGGGAGCAAUGGUUCUCCGCGACGCCAUGUUCGACAAGAUGACCCACGCUGAGUGGACAGCUGCCUUACAGCCCAAGGUCGACGGCUCGCGAGCCCUCGACCGCUGCCUCCCCUCUGGGCUCGACUUCUUCAUCAUGCUCUCCUCGGUCGUCGGCAUCCACGGCUCGGCGGGCCAGUCCAACUACGCGGCGGGGGGUACGUUCCAAGAUGCGCUGGCGCGGCACCGCGUGGCCCGCGGCGAGCGCGCUGUGGUGUUGGACCUCGGGUGGAUGGUAGACGACGGCAUUAUCGCUGAGAGCGAGUUCCUGACACGGACAUUCGAGGCGGCGGGGCUCAUGAUGCCGCUCAGCUCGGGCGAGUACCUGGCCCUGCUUGAGUACUACUGCAGCCCGGAUGUUCGUGACGCGCAGGAUGCCCGCGCCUGCCAGGUCAUGAUUGGGCUUGAGAGCCCUGCAGCGCUCGUGGCCAAGGGCGCUGAUGUGCCCGCGUUGCUGCAGCGGUCGACGUUCCGCUACAUGCAUACGAUGGCGCUUGACAACGGGGAAUCAGGGGCCAUUGAUGAGACGUCUCUGAAUGAUGGCCAGAAGGCUGCGAGGAACUGGUCCCUUUCCUUCAAGGAGGCGAGCUCGUCGGCGGAUGCUGGAGACAUUGUUGUGGAUGCAUUGACGCACAAACUGUCGCGGGCAUUGUCCAUCCCUCCCGGUGAUAUCGAUACUAUGCGCCCGCUACACUCCUACGGCGUGGACUCUCUGCUAGCUGUCGAGCUGCGAAACUGGUUGGCCAAGGAGUUUACGGCUGAUGUGGCUGUUUUCGAGAUUAUUGGUGCAGCUAACUUCGGUGUGCUGGGCGCAACUGUACUGGCAAAGAGUCAGAGUCGCCAGGGAGAUCAAGGGACAGCCUAG